AUGUACAUUCCAAAGGAAUACGAGUCUACAGAUUUUUCGAAGCAAGUGGCUCUUAUCAGAGAGUAUCCUUUAGGAGUUUUGUUUUCAUCUGGAACAAGAAAGUCCGGUAUCUUACAGUUUGCUAGCCAAUUGUAUGAGACGAAGAGUCCUGAAGUCGAGAUGGAAGCAUCGCAUAUUCCGUUCCUCUUUGUGGAGUCAAAGGAUGGAAAACACAAGCUGAUAGCCCACCUAGCACGAAGAAACCAAUUGAUUGAUCUUCUGGAAAGAUCAGGCAAGUGCUUGGUGGUAUUUCAAAGCGUGGACUCAUACAUUUCUCCCUCUUGGUAUCCAUUGAAAAAGGAAACCCAUAAAUUUGUUCCCACUUGGGAUUUUGCCGCGGUGCAUGUGUACGGUACUCCUAAGAUCAUUCGCGAUGAUAAGGAUUGGCUUAUCAACAUGUUAACGCUUUUGACCGCACAAGAAGAAGGGAAAAGGCCCAAAGGCGCAGAGUACGAAGAAAAAUGGAAGGUUUCAGAUGCGCCAGAAUCCUAUCUCGCUAUAAUGUUAAAAAAUAUCGUAGGAAUCGAAAUUGAAAUUGAUAGUAUCCAGUCCAAAUUUAAAUUUGAUCAAAAAAGUCCUGUAGUGAAUGUCCAGGGUGUGAUCAAAAACCUUCUACAUGAAGUUGGUGGCGACAAGGGUAAAGGUAUGGCUGCCUUGGUAAAAGAAAAUUAUCCAACUGAAUUUUUGCCGGAUUCGUGA